GCCAAGAAUUAGUUUAGUUGUUUUAAUCAUAAAGCAGUUACAGCAAUGGUAACAAAGAAGGGAAGUAUUAAAGUGAGAAUAAGACACUCUAAAAGCCAGUUUACAAACUUUCUUUAUUUCUCUUGCCUUUCCCAAUAAAUGCAAAGAUAUAGUGACAACGCUAAACAGUUAAUAUCCACCUAUUCCGGCCGUAUUGUCCUAAAUCGCCUUUCGUAUAACCUAAUUUAGUGAGACGAAAUAAGGCGUGAGACGAAUUACGUUCCUUUUCACAAACAAAUUAGCCGCACGCUGUGCCAACCCAAUUUCUGACGUAUUCAGCACUUCGCCCACGCAACCUGUUAAAAUAUAAAGUGCCACACGCAAUACAUCGCUACCACAAUUCAAGAGUUUGUCGUGUUUUUUUGAACUAACAAUGAUUAAAGUAGGCUGGAAAUUCCUGUCCUUUUUUCUCGCAGUAUUAACCUGGCACUGGAUUAGGAAACGUGCUGACGUUUCAGAAACGUUUCGUGGAAAAAACGUCGUUAUCUGUGGUGGUUCUGCCGGUAUUGGCGAGCAAAUAGCGUACAGAUUUUGUGAACAAGGUGCUAACGUUUUGGUUGUGGCUCGGAGAGAAUUGGCGUUAAGACGUGUGGUGGAAAAUUGUAUCCGACUUGGAGCAGCCUCAGCUACCUACAUGACCGCGGACUUACAUGGAGGUGGAAUUGAUAGUAGAGACCUCCUCAAAGAAUCAUUAAAACGCUUCCAGCAAGUAGAUGUAUUGGUUUUAAACCAUGUUGUGUACGAAGUAAAACUCUGGCAAGCAAACAGAAACUUUAGUGAUAUUGAGAGAGCAUUUGAUGUCAACGUCCUAAGCUACAUAGACCUUGCAACCUUGUUCUUACCAAGCCUCAAGGCAUCGCGCGGUCGUCUUCUGGUUAUCUCAUCAGGACUAGGCGUGGUGACAUAUCCUUACUUUGCUCUCUAUUGCUCCAAUAAGCAUGCACUUCAUGGAUUUUUCAACGCAUUAAGGCAAGACUUAGCGUUGGAAAAAAAUGAAAUGUCUAUAAGCUUAGCUGUACUAGGGGCAAUCGAGACUGAAAAUGCACUCAGAGCAAGCGAAGGUAACCCUGUGGCUGGCAAGAAUGGAUGGACUCGGCUAUCUUCCGAGGAGGCCUCGCAGGCAAUCGUGGAGGGCUCGUUGCAUCGCGAGAGGCAAAUAUACUUUCCGGCGUUUCUUAAGAUUCACGAAUUUGCAAGUGUUCAGUUUCCCGAAUUUACCGAGUGGUUGAUAAGAUAUGCCUAUGGUUUGCAAUCUUAAACGAAGCCUACUUGAGAAUACUUCCGCGAGAACGCUAUUGGUGGAACUGGUGAGGGUGAAUUAGGUUGCUGAGCAUUCGCUUCGCAAAUCGUCACCUAGCAUUGAGUAAAACUGAGCACAGAAGUAACUUUAAACAGUAUACCUUAAAAGUAACCCUAAAAAAGUAUAAUAACUGAUAUCUAAUGUAGGAUAAAUCUAAAAGUUCACUUUGAUUGUGAAGAUAAGAUCAGAUCACGUGUUCCCAGACGUAUGUAAAAAUUCAUAUAUGCGAAUAUUUAUAGAUAUAAAAAUUAUACAUAAAGCCAUAAAUUAUUAUAUUUCUACACCGUGUAAUUUAGUUCUGCAUACACCAUGCAAAUUAUAAUAAACAACCACGUUUUGUAUAUAUUGAAAGCAAUCAUGUAUUAUUCGAAUAUCGAAUUACUUGCAACGACCAGGUCACAGCCGCAAUUUACAGUUGAAAAUUGAUACGUUUAUUUUUUGAUAGUGAAAAAGUAAUUUAUUAAAUUAAAUACCUACCAUACUGUUGAUGGUCCAAGUUUUGAUUGUGUAGGAUACAGACAUAGUAGCUACUUAUAUACUUACAUGUGUUUUUAAUCUAAAGAACCGACAUGCAAAAAUUCGCUAUGUAUGUAUGACUUGCCUUUGCGCGUAGAAAUGUCAUAUAAGGUGGCAUUAGAUAAGAUUUCUUCGUCAAUCGCUUACGUUAAAUAUUAUCGCUAUAGCGGUAUGCAGUGUUUUCAUAAUA